AUGAAGUUAUGGUUUGCAUCACCACUUGUCGUUACUAGUGCAACCCGAAUCCUCGGGUUCCCCUCCGCUUAUUCAAUGAGGUCGUUUUAUGUCAAUAUUCAUAUAGUUUGUGGACACGUGUUGAUCAUCGUUUGGAUUUAUCCCUUCUGGAUCCUUCCACUGCCUCCUUAUCCAAUAUCCCUUUUCAUUCUUUCUCUUAAUCACCGACUCAAACAGAGCGAUCAUUUUCUUACCUUCUCUUCAACGUCUUCUUCUUUCAAUCAACCUCUUCCAACAUCUCGACAUAUCUUCCGCUACACCGCCUGUAUACCAACACCGUCUGUUCCUCGUGUUCAUCUUCUUUGUCUUACGAACAAAAGAAGAAGAAGGAAGAUGUUGAUGGUGGCGGUGUCGAUCACUGGAAAGUGCAACGGGGUCUUCAUCCAGUGGUUAUCAGAGGCAUCCAUUUUGAUUAUUCGGCAACUCGGAAGGCAAACCCGAUUGGAAUAUGCAACCGAUGAUUGCAGCCAUACCGGUCUUUACUCCCCUUUUUUUGUGCCUCCUUUACACCGUUCCGUCUUUUACGUUCUUAGUCGUCACUGCGAUGAGUUUCAAAGAGGAGAUGAUGUCGCAAUCCUUGAAGUCACUUGA